CCUACGGAUCGAGAUUGGAGUGCCCCUAACCCCUGCUCUGCUGUGGGACUGGGCAGGGAAGGAACGCUGAAGCCCGAGGCAGCUGAACUUUGUGGUGAGGACUUUGGUUGAGGCACCUGCGUUCAAAUUCUGACUCCUCCCCAUGCUGGUGUGACUUCAGGGCCUGACCAUCCUGGACAAUGCUGCUUGCCCUGUGCACCUAUUUCCUCUGGCUGUCCACCACUGACCUCUGGACCGUCCAGGCUAAGGACCCUGAUACUGAUGUGAGCCCAAGGACCCCUCACCGGGACUUGGCUCCAAGCAAUGUGGACUUUGCCUUUAUCCUGUAUCGGCAUCUAGUGGCUUCAUUCCCCGGAAAGAAUGUCUUCAUCUCCCCUGUGAGCAUCUCCAUGGCCUUAGCUAUGCUGUCUCUGGGUGCCCGUGGUUACACACGGGUCCAGCUUCUCCAAGGUCUGGGCUUCAACCUCACCAAGAUGUCUGAAGCCGAGAUCCACCAGGGCUUUCAGCACCUCCGCCACCUCUUCGAGAAGGAGUCAGACACCAUGUUGGAAAUGGCUAUGGGUAAUGCCUUGUUCCUUGACCGCAACCUGGAACUUCUGGAGUCAUUCUUGGCAGACACCAAGAACUACUAUGAGGUGGAGGCCUUGGCUGCAGAUUUCAAGGAUGGGCCUGGAGCCAGCAGACAAAUCAAUGAGUAUAUCAAAAAUAAGACACAAGGGAAAAUUGUGGACUUGUCAUCAAAGCUGGAUAGUUCAGCCAUGCUCAUCCUGGUCAACUACAUCUUCUUCAAAGGCACAUGGGAGCACCCCUUUGACCCUGAGAGCACCAGAGAGGAGAACUUCUACGUGAACAAGACCACUGUGGUGAGAGUGCCCAUGAUGUUCCAGUCUGGCACCAUCAAGUACCUUCACGACCAGGUGCUCCCCUGCCUGCUGGUCCAGCUGGAGUACUUGGGCAACGGGACCGUUUUCUUCAUCCUCCCAGAGGAGGGGAAGAUGGACACGGUCAUCGCCGCACUAAGCAGGGACACCAUUCAGAGGUGGUCUGAGUCCCUGACCACAGGCAGCCAGGUAAACCUGUAUGUCCCAAGGGUGGUCAUCUCCGGAGCCUACGACCUCAGGGCCAUUCUGGGGGACAUGGGCAUUGCAGACUUGCUCGACAAGGAGGCAGAUUUCUCCGGCAUCACCCGAGAGGCCCCGCUGAAGUUGUCAAAGGUGGUCCAUAAGGCUGUGCUGCAGCUGGAUGAGAAGGGCUUGGAAGCAGCCACCUGCCCCAGGGUCAUGCUGGAGGGGGCGUCUGAGCCGCUCACCUUCCGCUUCGACCGGCCCUUCCUUCUCAUGAUCUUCGACCACUUCUCGUGGAGCAGCCUUUUCUUGGGCAAGGUUGUGAACCCGACCUAAAGCCGCCCCCCGGGAGCCGAGCCCCAGCUGACCCUGCGUACCAGCAAUGCUCUGGGUAGUGCGAGGCUCCCCCCGUCUUCUCCAGGUUCUUCUGUCCAAAUAAAUCACCACCACUGCAGCUGCUGGCAGGUGUGCUUGAAGGGAUGAAGUGGGACAGGUGACAAACUCGAAUGACAGCAUGCCAUCUUGACUCCUGUAAUUUUCUGGUGUGGACCACCGUGCUGUGGUUAUGUAAUAUGCGGAAGCCGGGGGAAGGGCAUGUGGAAACACUAUCGUUUUUGUACAUUUUUGUAAGUGUGAAAUUAUUUCUAGAAAAGGAGGAAAUCAUGCAAGCCCAAACAUGACAGAAAGACAUCUUUGAAGCACUAAGGGGAAUGUUGUGACAUCUUCAAAAAAGAAAGAAACAAAACAAUCCUUCAGAAACAAAGGCAAAAUAAAGGUUUUUCUCCAGACAAACAAAAGCUGAGAAAGUUUGUCCCUGCCCUAAAGAAAAAUUUUAAGUAGUUCUUCAGGCUGAAACAACAUGGUUCUAAGUGGAAAUUUGGACCUACGCAAAAGAAUGAAAAGGACUGGAAAGGGUAUAUAUGCGAACAAAGAAAAAACGUUGUUUAAAUGUCUUUAAAAUAUAAUUAACUGUCCAAAGUAAUAGUGAUUGAUUUGUUGCUUCAAGCUCCAGAACUCUCUUAAUCCCCUGUUCUGCAAAAACUGGAUCUGGACAUGAUGUUAAGCUUUGUCAGUGGAGGGCGCUAGAGAAACGUUGCCAGAGGAUGAGACUUACCCUCCUAGUUUGGGGCAAAAAGCAUUAAAUGAGAUAAAGAAGAAUUAGAUAGAUAGAUAGAUGAUAUAGAUAGAUGAUAGAUGAUAGAUAGAUA